AUGGCCACCCUCAUAACCAACCCUCAAAACCAAACCCAACCCUCCACCACCACCACCACCACGAACCACCACGCCUCGCUCGACCACCACCACGUCGCCGCCAUCACUGUUCCUUUCCCGGCCCAAGGCCACCUCAACCAACUCCUCCAACUCUCGUGCCUCGUCUCCUCCUACGGCAUCCCUGUCUACUACGUUGCCCCACCCGUCUUUUCCCGCCAAGCGCGUUCCCGAGCCAACGGGCUCAACCCCCUCGACCUCCCAAAAAUCCACUUCCACGACAUCCCUACUCCACACGUCGACUCCCCACCACCCAACCCUGACUUGCCCUACAAGUUCCCCACCCAACUCCUACCCGCUUGGUACGCCUCGCUAACUCUCCGCGAACCCUUCUCUGCCUUCUUGCUCGACUUGUCCAAGAAAUUCAAACGCGUCGUCGUAAUCCACGACCCCAUGAUGGCUUUCGUCGUCCAAGACGUCGACUCGGUCCCCAACGCCGAGUCAUACAUUUUCAACUGCAUAAGCGCGGCAUCCCAUAUCUCGUUCCUCUGGCCGAGCCUCGCCAAACCCGUCUCGGUCGAGUACCCAAAGGAGCUCCCUUUAUUCGAACGGUGCAUGCCAGAGGAGGUUAACCGCUUCGUGUCCCUCCAGACGGACCACCUUGACCGCCGGUCGGGAGACAUCUACAACACGUGCCGGCUACUCGAGGCGCCCUACCUCGACAUACUCGAGCACGAGGAAAUCUCGGGUAAGGCGAAGAAGAGGAAGUCGUGGGCCGUGGGGCCCAUGCUCCCGGCCGUGCUUUCGCCUCGGGCCGAAGACGAAGCCGAAGAGCGAAACGAGUGCCUGAGGUGGCUCGACCGGCACGAGCCCAAGUCGGUCGUGUACGUCUCGUUCGGCACCACGGUUUCCCUAACCGACGAGCAGUUGGGGGAGAUUGCGGUCGGGCUCGAGAGGAGCGGGGCUAAGUUCUUGUGGGUCGUCAGGGACGCCGACACGUGCGACGUGUUUGGCGGGACGGGCCGGAGGCCCAGCCCGCCGGAGGGUUUCGAGGAGAGGGUUGAAGGAAGGGGGAUGGUGAUGAGGGGGUGGGCCCCGCAACCCUGGAUACUGGCCCACGGGGCGGUGGGCGGGUUCGUGAGCCACUGCGGGUGGAACUCGUGCGUCGAGAGCAUCGUGGCGGGAGUGCCCGUGGCCGCGUGGCCCAUGCAUUCGGACCAGCCCGCGAACACGGCGCUGUUGGUGAGGGUUUUGGGGAUGGGGAUUGUGGUCAUGGAGUGGGCCGGACAGGCUGGGCUGGUACGGGCCGAGGCUGUGGAGGAUGCAGUGAGGAGGUUGAUGGGGCCUGGGGAAGGGGAGAGGGUGAGGAGGAGAGCGGAGGAGGUCGGGAAGAUGGUUCGGGAAGCGGCGAAUGAGGGUGGGUCGUCGAGGCUCGAAAUGGACUCGUUUAUUGCUCAUAUCAGCAGGCAAGCAGAAGAAGGGGAAAUUUGA